AUGGCUAACUUACGUACACAAAAGAGACUUGCCGCUUCCGUUAUCGGUGUCGGUAAGGGAAAGGUUUGGUUAGAUCCAAAUGAAACUUCUGAAUUGGCUCAAGCUAACUCCAGAGAUGCCAUUAGAAGAUUGGUCAAGAACGGUACCAUUGUUAAGAAGGCCGUCACCGUCCAUUCCAGAUCUAGAACUAGAGCCCAUGCUUUGUCCAAGAGAAAUGGUCGUCACACCGGUUACGGUAAGAGAAAGGGUACCAAGGAAGCUCGUUUACCAUCUCAAGUUGUCUGGAUUAGAAGAUUACGUGUCUUGAGAAGAUUAUUGGCUAAGUACAGAGAUGCUGGUAAGAUUGACAAGCAUCUAUACCAUGUUCUAUAUAAGGAAGCUAAGGGUAAUGCUUUCAAGCACAAGAGAGCUUUAGUUGAACACAUUAUUCAAGCCAAGGCUGAUGCUCAACGUGAAAAGGCUUUGUCUGAAGAAGCUGAAGCUAGAAGAUUGAAGAACAGAGCUGCUCGUGAAAGAAGAGCUCAAAGAAUCAAUGAAAAGAGAGAAGCUUUGUUGAAGGAAGAUGCCUAA